AUGGACGUGCCUCCCCAUAUUCAAAUAAGAGAUAGGCUGUAUCUGAAAGCCAGAGACGCUGACAAUGAUUACUUCCCUAGAAGCCGCAUCAUGAGUGUUUUCACAACGGACGACUGCCUCAGGAAGGUCUACUUCUGCGACUGUCCUCUAUGCCGUCAAGAUUUCAGAAAUCCCGACAACAGACGUCAAACCUUCGACUCACAAGAGCUCUUGGGCCAGUAUGCGACCGUGUAUGCCCUGCUUAUUUACAAUUACCGCCCAGGCUUGAUACGCCAUUUUCAGAGAGAUCGAAGAACCUUAGACGGGACCCAUUUUUUUACUGAGGACUCUUUGAGGUUCCUUGAUAAAGAAGGGGUUCAGUUGCGAUCGAUCAUACAAGAUAUUCUAAAUAAUCAAUACAAGUUCCAUAUCCGCGUGAUUGACCGGUCGCGCGAGCCGAUCACGAUGCACCGAGGCGAAGUGCUUCCGAUCCGCCAAAAUAUGGAGCAGACAGGCCAGGGCUCGUUUGGGCAGGUCUAUGGAUUUGAGUUCGCCUACGACGAGUAUCGCGGACAGGGGUUGCGAGACAUAACCCGGUUCGCCAGGAAGAUCUUUCACCGCGACACUGCCGGUUUGGAUGAAUGGUUUAAUCUCCUGCACUUUGAUCGGCUGCAACAUCCGCAUCUGAUGUCCGCCUUGGCGGCAUUCUGGCAUGAAGACAAGUUCUCUAUUGUCUUUGAGGAAGCCGACCUGACGCUUGGUGCCUAUCUGGAAAACGGCGGCCAUCUCUACACUCAUGAGGCGCUCUGGAACCAGGUCCAAGGAUUGGCCGAUGGGCUCGCAUAUCUACAUGGACGAAGUGGCUCAGUUAUCGCAUACCAUGGUGACCUAAAGCCGGCCAAUAUCCUUAUCGUCAGAGGAGUGAUGAAGAUCGCUGAUUUUGGGUUGUUGCAAGUUCGCUACCGGUCAAUCGCAAACAAUCUUGAGGUAUGGUCGUUGGAAAGCGAUACCAUUGCUUCUAGUCGGCGAAUAUAUGGUGGGCCAGACCACAGUAAUAAAGCAUUGAUGGAUGUAUGGUCUUUUGCCGCUAUUCUAUCCGAAAUAUCCGUGUUCAAUUUAGAGGGUAUACAGGGGCUUAAGCGCUACCGUCAGCGUCGGUUUGAUGAUGUCCAGGAGGCAACUCCUUCUUAUAAGACCUAUAACUUUCGACAUGAUACACAGAUGAAAGCCUCAGUGUCUCAAACAAUCGAUGACCUGCAGCAACUAGUCCAGAACAGCGAGCAACAGCAAACCCGUAUUUCGCGGUUCCAACGACGUUUCUUCAAUGCUGGCUUCUUUACCCUGUUGCGUCAGAUGUUUUCAAGAGACUAUGCAGACUGCCCGUCAUCAACUCACGUUUCUGAGGAGCUGAGGAGGAUUCACUGGCAGGCUACGCUGCCACUGCAGGAGGCUGUUCAACGUGGAAACAUCUGGGAUGAUGUGAGCAGUGGGGCAGUGCCAAAUAGCCCCCAAAGGCCCAACUGUAGACUAACAGACUGCGGCAUACUUCUUUUUGACUGGAAAGAGGGCAAAUCACUUCUUGUCCAAUGCGUCCUAUAUGAUUACAACGAUGUCAACAUAUAUAUUCUCCAAGAACGCUCUGAAGUUAUGAGGCUGAACCAAGAGUACCCAAGUUUCGACCCGGAAUAUACAGACAGGAGCAGUAACCGACCAUCACUCAGGGCAACUUUGCAGCAAUGGGACGGUCGUAGGUACACAUUUGAAUUCGUCGAGCUUAGGGAACUUCUUAUUCUGCAGGCCGCCAUGACCAAGCAAUACGUCUUUAAUUUUAUUCCGUUUUCUGGUCGACGCCGACUUGUUCUCGAACUAAACAGAGCGGUAGUCCAGUUGUGGUCUGAGAAGCCACUUCGGGAAGAUCAGAUCUUGUGGCCCGCCACUCCCAGAGUCGUCAAUCCUCGAAUGCACAUUGCCGUUAUAUGCAGAAACGAGAAGAAGUUGUUGCUGAUCAAAGGUAUCUGGGCACCGCGUCUCAUCAACUUUGCUGACCUGAAUUGCCACGGAACAGAACGCUAG